CGUGAUGCAGUCAUCAUCACUUUGUAUAAGAAGAAAGGAAUUAAAUCUGACUGCUCAAACUAUCGUGGUAUUACUCUGCUCUCCAUUGCUGGCAAAAUCCUGGCAAGAAUACUCUUGAACAGACUAAUACCCACUAUAGCAGAAGGAAUCCUACCUGAAAGUCAGUGUGGUUUCAGAGCCAACAGGAGCACCACAGACAUGGUAUUUGUCCUCAGACAACUGCAAGAGAAGUGUAGGGAACAGAACAAAGGUCUCUAUGUAACCUUUGUCGACCUCACCAAGGCUUUUGAUACUGUGAGCAGAAAAGGUCUGUGGCAGAUUUUGGAACACUUAGGUUGUCCCCCCAAGUUCCUUAAAAUGAUCAUCUCACUCCAUGAGGAUCAGCACGGCCAAGUCAGAUAUGGCAACACACUUUCUGAGCCCUUUUUUAUUAAGAAUGGUGUGAAAUAAGGCUGCGUUCUUGCUCCUACCCUAUUCACAGUCUUCUUUAGCAUGAUGCUCCAAAGGGCCACAGCAGACCUCGAUGAUCAGGACGGUAUCUACAUUCGAUACCGUACUGAUGGAAGCCUAUUCAAUCUAAGGCAACUGAAGGCCCACACUAAGACCUUAAACCAUCUUGCCUGGGAGCUGCUUUAUGCUGAUGAUGCCGCCCUUGUUGCCCACACAGAAGCAGCCCUGCAGCAUUUAACAUCCUGCUUUGCAGAUGCUGCUGAGCUCUUUGGGCUGGAAGUCAGCUUAAAGAAGACAGAGGUCGUCCAUCAACCUGCACCUCAGGAAGUCCCCCAUCAUCCCCACAUCACCAUUGGCCAAUCAGAGCUCAAAUCAGUCCAACAGUUUAAUUACCUAGGUAGCCUCAUCUCCUCAGAUGGUAAGAUUGAUGGAGAGAUAGACAACGGGUUAGCAAAGGCAUAUAGUGCUUUUGGAAAACUCCUCAAAAGAGUAUGGCGUAAUAAACACUUGAAGAAAAGCACCAAGAUCAGUGUUUACAAAGCCAUAGUGUUGUCGACUCUCUUGUAUGGUUCCGAAUCAUGGGUCAUCUACCACCACCACCUGCGUCUCCUAGAACGCUUCCAUCAGCGCUGCCUCCAUACAAUCCUAAACAUCCACUGGUCAGAUUAUGUGACCAAUACAUCUGUUCUAGAACAAGCAGCAGUCACAAGUAUUGAGGCCAUGUUGAUGAGAACGCAGCUGCGUUGGGCAGGGCACGUCUCAAGGAUGAAGGACCACCGCCUCCCUAAGAUCCUGCUCUAUGGUGAACUUGCCACUGGCUGCCGCAUGAGAGGAACCCCGAAGAAAAGAUACAAGGACUCCCUGAAACAACAUCGCAGCCUUGGCCAUAUUGAUCACCAUAACUGGUCUACUCUGGCCUCAAAUCGGGAGACCUGGAGACACGCCAUCUAUAACGCAGCUGUCUCCUUUGAGAAUACACGCAGGAUCACUCUCGAGGAAAAAAGGCAACGCAGAAAGAACCGUGUAUUGCAGAAUACACCAUCUAAGGAGUCUUUCUGCUGUGCCUUUUGCAAUCGGAUUUGUCUGUCACGUAUUGGCCUCAUAAGCCACCAGCAUGCCUGUAGCAAAUGUGGAUAGAGCCUUCCCAAAUCUUCGUUCGCGAAGCCUAGCCAUGAUGUUUAGAAAUCUCAAUUCACGUACAAAACCAAAUAAAAUUAAGAUUUCUAUUAAUUUCUGCCAAAUAUCAACAAUUUUCAUUUUUCUGUGUGAGUGAGAGCAUCUGUAUCAAGGGAAGAGGGAAAAGAGGUUCAGAUUCAGUCCAGAAGAACACAGACUACCAUUAUUCAAGAAAGGCAAUAGAAGAAGGGCAAUGUUUAUUUACAAAGGGAUACCCUAAUUAGUCCAUCACCAAAGCAAAAGUAUCCCAGUAGACAUAGUCCUCCUACCCUCUGACAGCCAUCUUUCAAGAAAUACCAGGUUGUGGCAGAAUACCCAAGAAAGGGAAUUAACGACAUCUUAUUAGUAACCUUAGAGAAUUUUGGUUUUAAUCGUUUGAGUAAUAUGAGGACGUGCCAGUAAAACUUCAGGAACUGUACAUUUAAAAAGCAUUUCUGUCUGCAGCAGUACAAGAGAGAGACAGAGAGGUCUACUUUCUCAGUAAAGGUAGAAAAAAAAUGCAGUUUUACCAUGUGAACUGUCAUCCAAAAGUUUCCUAACUCCCACCUGAUUAUUAAUCUAACAGCAAAUUGCAUUAGGGAAAUGUGGAAUGGAACAAUAAGUUGUCUAGAAACAACAGUUUUAAUCAUGUUGUAUGCUGCUAUUUUAAUUAUGUAGAAGAAAUUAACUAUCCCAGCCAAAACCAGGACAACCAUGAAGUAACAAACUGUUUAUGCAUAAGGUGGACAAUUUAUACAUUGUAAAUUAAUAUUAUAAUCGGAUGAUACUAUCUUCUUAGCUGUUCCCUCCUCCACCUCUUCGAAAGUGUAUUUCUCAACUGGAACAGUAGUCAGAGAAAUACCUGUUCUAGGCUAACAUUUUUCCUACCAGUCUUCCAAACUGAAUCAACAACCACACAAGCUUAGAGAGUAAUUAAUAUUUCAUAAUCUCCCAAGUGCGAUGUUUCUAACAACAUUACAAGCAUGACAACAGUGAACCAAAAUGAGAAUCAUAGAAUCAUAGAAUCAGACGGGUUGGAAAGGACCUCCGAGAUCAUCAAGUCCAACCCUUGAUUCACUACCGUCGUGGUUACUAGACCAUGACACUAAGUGCCACAUCCAGUCUCAUCUUAAAAACCUCCAGGGACGGAGAAUCCACCACUUCCCUGGGCAGCCCAUUCCAAUGCCUGAUUACCAUCUCUGUAAAGCAUUUCUUCCUAAUAUCUAACCUAAACCUCCCCUGGCACAGCUUAAGACCAUACCCUCUUGUCUUACUGAUAGUUACCUGGGAGAAGAGACCAACCCCCACCUGGCUACAACCUCCUUUCAGGCAGUUGUAGAGAGUGAUGAGGUCUCCCCUGAGCCUCCUCUUCUCCAGGCUAAACAACCCCAGCUCCCUCAGCCUCUCCUCAUAGGACUUGAGUUCGAGUCCCUUCGCCAGCCUCGUUGCUCUUCUCUGGACCUGCUCCAGCACCUCAAUAUCCUUCCUGAACUGAGAGGCCCAGAACUGGACACAGUACUUGAGGUGUGGCCUCACCAGGGCUGAGUAGAGGGGAAGAAUUGCUUCCCUGGACCUGCUGGCCACACUGUUCCUGAUACAGGCCAGGAUGCCAUUGGCCUUCUUGGCCACCUGGGCACACUGCUGGCUCAUGUUGAGCUUCCUGUCAAUCCAAACUCCCAGGUCCCUCUCUGCCUGGUUGCUCUCCAGCCACUCUGUG